UUUAGAUUCUUCGCAUAUAAACCUGUUUGAUGUUAUACCAUUUUUAACUUGUUUUAUUAUUAAACAUUAAAGAGAGAAUAUUACGUUCUUCAAAAGUUAAAUUAAAUUUACACUUGACGCGAUCAAACUAUAAGCAACCACCACGUAUUGCGUACAAUGUAAAACAGAGUGCAAAACAUUCAAAUCCGGUGGUUAUUAAUCACGGAGUUUCCGAAAACAAAUAUCUAAUUAAAUAAUUAAUGAAUGUUGUAUAGAGAUUUACAACUAAAAAUAUUAAUUAUAAAUUUUAAUUUACGUUGUAAUCAUAAGCACACAAAAUGUGGGAGGAAGGAUUUAAAACUAUUAUACUGCCUACAUUAUCUACUAUGUUAGUUUUUGUAUUAGUUAUUAAUUUCUUUCGACGUAUUACAGAAGAAACAUAUAUUCAUAUAAGAGAUGUUACUCAAGAACAUAAUUGGAAGCCUAUUAGAAAAGUAACUAAGUCAUAUUACUGCAGUAUUUGUGAAAGUCUAUUACUAAAUAUCAAUGGUUUAUUAUGUGAUUCAUGUGGAGUAUGUGCUGAUCUUGGAUGUAUCAAAACAGCAAACAAAAUACUUCGUUGUAAAGCUAUUACUAUGGAUAGUAAUGAGCAAUUGCUACAUCAUUGGAUUAAAGGUAAUUUACCAGUAGUAGCAAUGUGUGCUAUUUGUAACGAAGAAUGUGAUACAGAACUUGGGCUUAUGGAUUGGUGGUGUUGUUGGUGUCAAAGAACUGUUCAUGAUUCUUGUAAACUUUCUAUAUCUGAGGUAUGUGACUUUGGUAGAUUUAGAUUAAUGAUAAUCCCACCUCAAAGUUUAAAGGCUAUAAGUAAACGUAGAAGAAUGAGACGCAAAUUAGAGCUACAUUCAAUUAUAAAACCUAAUUGGCUUGGUUGGAAUCCUCUCAUUGUUGUUGGGAACAGGAAAUCUGGCAAUAAUGAUAGUGAAGAAAUUUUAUCAUUAUUUAGAGGAUUAUUAAACCCUGCACAAGUUAUGGAUUUAGCAGAACAAGAUCCAACUGCAAUACUUACAUGGUGUCGUCUACUUGGAGAUACUCUCUGUACAGUUCUUGUUGCAGGGGGUGAUGGUACCAUUGCCUGGUUACUUAAUAUUAUUCAUAAAUUACAAUUAAAUCCAGUUCCAGCUGUAGCAAUACUUCCUUUAGGAACAGGAAAUGAUUUGUCCAGAGUAUUGAAAUGGGGUAAAGAGCAUGAUUCGAAUUUAGAUCCUACUGACAUUUUACAAAAGAUAGAACUUGCAGAAAGGGUUAACUUUGAUAGGUGGAGUGUAAAAGUAAAACCACACAAUGGAUUAGGAUCUACAGGAUCACAACAAAAUCUUUUUAUGUAUAAUUAUCUAAGCAUAGGAGUGGAUGCACAAGUAACAUUAGACUUCCACCGCACAAGGCAAAGCCGUUUUUAUUUGUUCAGUCAUAGAAUUUUUAAUAAGUUAUUAUACAUAUGCUUUGGUACACAACAAGUCAUGGAAAGAGAAUGCAAAAAUCUUGACAAAAGUUUAGAAGUGUACUUAGAUGGCAAAAGAGUAGUUCUACCUUCUAUAGAAAGCAUAGUUAUACUUAACAUUCCAUCAUGGGCUGCUGGUGUUGACCUCUGGAAUAUAGGAUUGGAAGAAGGACAAAACGAAGUAGGAGCUCAGAAAAUUGAUGAUCAAAAGCUAGAGGUUUGUGCUCUUUACUCAUCUUUUCACAUGGCUCAAUUACAAGUUGGUUACUCGCAACCACAUCGAUUGGGACAAGCUAGUGUUAUAAAAGUAAAACUAUUGAAAUCAUGUGCCAUACAAAUCGAUGGUGAACCUUGGUAUCAACAUCCUUGUGAGCUUAAUAUUACUUAUUGCAAUCAAGCAUUGAUGUUGAAGAAUAAAAAUUAUUAAGCCUACAUUUGUAAGCAUUACGGGUAUAAAAAUGCA